CAGGUCCCAGCACUCAUCACUGCCCACAGCUAAGCCUCCUGCAACAGUGUACUCAUCUGCCUAGAUUGCAGACCCACCCUUGUUCUUGAAGCUGUAAUCAUGGCUGGCACUCUAGUUAUUGCCGGCCUGGUACUCCUCGCCGUCGCCGCCGCUCCGGCGCACGCUACGGAUUACGUGGUCGGCGGCUCGUCCGGGUGGACCAGCGGUGUGGACUACACCACCUGGGCGAAAGGCAAGACCUUCAGUGUUGGCGACAACCUGGUGUUCCAGUACAGCGCGAUGCACACGGUGGCGGAGGUGAGCUCGGCGGACUACAGCGCGUGCUCGGCCAGCAACUCCCUGCAGUCGUACAGCGACCAGAACACCAAGAUCGCGCUCACUGCGCCCGGCACGCGCUACUUCAUCUGCGGCACCCCGGGCCACUGCAGCGGCGGCAUGAAGGUCGCCGUCACGGUCGCCGCCGCGGACGCCACCGCCCCGGCGGCGUCGUCCCCGCCCGCCACGACGCCCGCCGCGCCCGGCUCCGACGACGACACUCCUCCGGAGACGACGACAACGCCGUCCACGCCCACGACGGCGCCCACGACCAGGGCCACCCCGAGCAGCACCGGCGGGGCCAGCGCCGGGGAGGCACCGCUCGCGAUGGGCGUGCUGGCGUGCGCCGCGGGGCUCGUCGGCCUCGCCCUGAUGGCCUAGGCAAGAGGCAGUGCUGUCGUUCCCGUUCCCGUGCGCCGUGCCUUUUCCGUUUGGUGGUUGUGGUUGAUUGUGUUUACGCACUCUGAAUUCACGUUUAGGCGUCGCGAACGUCUGGUUCGAGACUCGUGUUGUAUGCCUGUGCCUGUACGGUCGUUCUUCAUUUAGAAAAAAAAAACUACAUUUCUCUGAUGUUUGGUCUUUGAA